AUGAUUGCCUUCCUGGACACCGCUUUCAACUUAUCGAGCGACGCUAGUUGCAUUGUUAAUAGACUCAAUUCUGUGCUCAAUAAUGGCAAUGAAAUGUCGCUGGUUUCACUGUUUGUAUCCAAUACUCGACUCAAUUGCACAAUACGUCGUUUUACGCGCUCAUUGUGUUCCAUAGAGGUGGGGCUUGAGUCGGAAAAUGCUAAUAUUUUGUUCACUUGGGUCUUUAAAAUGUCAACCAGACGGUCCAACAGCACCUUUAAUUGGUCGUAUGUGUACCCAGAAUCGUCAAAUUUGGCUGAAUCGUUGCCUGCAAGGUAUUUUUCAUUCCUGGCUAUCGUUGUGCUCGCAAUCAUCUCGGUUUCGUCUGAGGAAAGUGUGAGUCCAGCCGGUUGCACCAGACCAUUUUCCGUACUAAACGCAAGUAUUCCACCCCCGGUCUGCAGUAACUGCUCUGGAUCAACCAAGAGAAUGGCUGGAGACGUUUCCUCGCCAUAA